AACGUUUUCAGCUUUUGAAAUAAAUCGAAUGGUCGGUUUACAAUAAUAUUUAUAAGCUUUCAAAAAAUAAGUGGAAUACAAUGGAUAAUCCUUUAACACCAAAUAAAAUCCAGCGAUUAAUGCAUUUUGCCGAAGAUAAAUCGUUUAGUUUGUACCGCAAAGUCUUAACAAAUGAUGAAGCAGAAAGCAAUGUAAGUCGCGAUCAGAAUCAGAAUACGUCAAACCAAACAGGUACUAACUGUGCAUCAUCUGGAAUACUGGACUUGGAACAUAUAGAAGGUUUUGGUGAAUCUGGCCUUGGGAGUAUUUCACUAAGUAAAUCAAGUGCAUUUAACCCUGGUGAAAUGACAGGGCGGUCUACAGAAGCAGAUAAUGCCAAUAACCAAGAUCCUGGGUCAUCCAGAGCUUUUGAAGAGUAUGGCCGUCAUUCUAUGUCCAUAGACAAUAUCACAAAUCACAUGGACAAACAGACUUGUGAGAUACAGGAUCUUAUGAGACAUUCUAUUGCAACAAAUUACUCAUUUCACUCCAAAAAAGACCUAACUGCGGCUGAAGCGUCAUAUGUUUUGAAGGAAGGCCGUUUGCCCAUACAACAGAGCACUCAAAUUAAUAUUCAAGACAGCAUGUCAUUGACUGCACCAAACAUAUCAGCGUAUUUUAAAAAUCGAUGCCCUGAAAUUGGUAAUAUACUGGGUCAUACUGACAGUCCAGAUCGACCAAGUAUUACAGAAGUGUCGUCAAUGGGUAUGCUGUAUACUUCACAAACAAACGCGUUUGGCAAUUACAAAAUGGAUCAAACUUUAGACUGCGUGCCAGUGAGACAGCCACGUGUCGAAAAAGCAAACGAAAAAUCCGUUGCGACCAAUUUGUUCCCAAGCAAAGGAGAUUCACCUGUUUUUGCAGUACCAAAAAGUCCAAAAACCGUUAAUGAAGACGUAACUGCUAAAACCAAUGCAAUAAACAGUACUUCUAAGGGACCUACAGUGGGUACUGGUAAAACGAUAAACCAGAAUGCAAGUCUAAAACCUUUUAUGAAUUCUGCGAAGCCCGCAGAUGUUUUACUUAGGAACUUGCAUUCAAAUUUACACAUGGUUCCAGAUGAUACAGAAACUUCCAUGGAGAAUUCGUUAAGCAUUUCUAAAAUUGCUGACUAUUUAGGAAAGGAAUCAAACAUCAGUGUGUCCGCAAUGCUGCAAUUAAACAAUCGUACUAAACAAGUUAAUAGGAAGCAACCACUCACUGAACUGCAAGUAAACAUUUUAGAGAACAAAGAUUCAAAUAAGGAUAUAUAUGUGACAAAUCUCAGAGACACUAAAAACGCGGACACCGCAAGCUCUUCUGGAACAGUCAAUACUGUGAUCUCGCUUGACAAACUCAAAAUAAGUGAAAAGGAAAUAAUUCCUAGUGUCAUCGUCACUCGUCAUUCUGCUAAUGCACAAAACAGUGCAGAUGAGGAGUUAAGAAGCCCUAGAAUGACUCGUUCUAAAUCGCCAUCUAGCAAAAGUCAGUCAACCCUCAGUACUGUCCAGGAAAACAUUGCCAGUUUCAAGUCUGGGGACAGUCCACUCUCUAUAAGCAAAGGCGACUGUAACUCAUCUCGCAUCCCCUCCCCAAGUGUAAGGUAUAGAGAGUUAGAUAGUUCCGUAGAUUGGGACGAGAUGCUUAAUCGUAAGCGCUUCACUCAGGAGGGGUUGGCUAAAGAGCAAUGGGCGGAAAUUACAACGAGUCACGUAGAAGGUUUUGUUGGUGUAAGUGUCGCAGUGUCUAUCUCAGUUAAAACGCUAACCGACAGUUGGCUGACGGCAAGAUUCGAAUUCGAUGAUCCAGUUAGCAGAGAUCUUACGAUCGAGUUACCGCGAUUCCCUCUCCUUCUAUCGCCGAGGAAAACGGAAAAUUUCACAAUAUACGUCACAUCUAACAUAGAAAUGGACACAUAUCUACCGUUCACUCUGUACCUCAAGGACUCAUCGAUAGAUGGCGACGCUGAAUAUAAAGGAAAUGUGGACGUUAACUUCAAGUUACCUGAAAUACAAGCAUUGUCCUGCGAUGGCGUCAACAAAGUCACUUUCCCACCGAUACAAGAGAAGUCAUCGCUGACAAAACACUUUGUUCUCAUCAGUGACUGUCCGGUCGAUCUGCAGUUGGAGUUAUCGAUUCCUAUGGGUGAAAGUAUGUUCGUUAUCAAGUCUGUGCAAGAAAUUAAGAAGAACGAUGUCAGUAAGGUGCUCAUGGAUCGUUCGGGGUGUGUGGAAGAAGGUCCAGUGAAAAAUAAGAAGGGAAUUAAUAAACAACUAUGCAGGUUGAGCAGUGGAAAUGCUAUUAAAGUUGCUAUAACUUUUACCUCGCCGAAGUUAUCUGAACUGGAAAUGAAUGACCAAAUGGCAACAUUCAACGGCACACUGAGCGUGGCAAUGAUCGGCAUCAACACCGUACUGAAGGCAGUGAGUCUGAUUGGCUCUGUAGGCAGCGCCAGCCUCGCAGUGCAGCCGCCGGUCGGCAAACUACUCCUUAGUAAUGAACCAACAAUACUAAACUUAUGUAAUACCGGUACCAUAACUGGGGUAUGGGCGGUAAAGUUCAGAUGUAAGAUCGGCACUGAGGGACAGUUCCCGUUCAAAGUGUCAGCGAACAAAGUCGAGAUACACCCUGGGAGUGUUAACCAACUCAAACUGGUGUACUUUGGACCCCACGAUACAUUAAAUGAGGGAACAUUGAUACUAGAAGAAACAUCAAACGGCAACAUAGCAACAAUCGAAAUUGCAGGCGGAUCAGAUAGGCCGAAGUCCUUCCCGAUCAAAACCAAUUACAACAAUAUGUCAUGGGUCCGCGCUGGGAGGAAAGAGCUUAGUUUGAAGAACUCUACAAACCAAAGGAUUCAAAUCCGAUGCCAAAUAAUGGGUGAUGGAUUCAUGUUGGAUAGUCCGGGCGUUGAAUCCAGAGGGACGUACGUGCUGUCGUUUGGCCCUUGUGAAUGUAGACCAUUGCCGGUUGUCUUCGCUCCGAACUCUUGUCUGCCGCACGCAGCAGCCUUGCAUCUAGUGUUUGAUAAGAACAGUGAUUAUUCAAGAAAGAUCAAACUUCACGGAUGCGCUAGUAACGACAGCGUGCGUUGGUCGGGGCUCAUGACGUACGGAGACACGGCGCUCGUACGCGCGGUGUCGCGCAGCAAUAUCGAGCUCAAGCUCUUCAAUAAGUCCUCCGGACCCGCCUUCUUGUCCGCUCGCGUGCAUUUCAACUUACAAUACAGAUUCAUAUCGGCGGACGCGGAGCUAGUCGGACAGCGUCGGGUGAUGGGACGCCGCUCCCAACACACCGUUGUGUUGCGGGUGCCGUGGCCCAAGUUGGAGCGACGCGCGCGCUCUUCUGACGUCACAGCACUUGCCACUGUCACCAUACUCACCGGACCAGAGUUCACCAGGCGACGGAUACUAAGAAUUCUAAAAAAUGAAUCGAACGGAGCGAUGGAUGUAUCGUUAUUGCCCGAACACUUGAGGGUCUUAGCGGAGCCUUUUGAUGGGGAAGAUGCUGCCAUGGAUAGCUAUCUAGAGGAGUUCAAUGAAACCAAGGCUUCUCUGAAUGAGCUGAUUGAAGGAUUGCAAGAACUUACCGCACAAAUCGACCUGCCACAGGAUUUAGCUGAGGAUCACACAAUUCUCAUCACAGAUGAUACGGUAGUUGAACACCAUACCCUGUGCGAUUAAAAAGUUUUAUAUAGUGGCUUGGGAUAUAAAUGAUCUGUAUUAGUAAUUUAAUGUAGUUGGCUAGAUGUGCUUAAAAUUACCAUGUAGUUAAAUGUUUGGCUGCCCGCCCGCUCACAGUCAAUACUAUUGACAAUAUGAAUAUUGGCAACAAUUUUUACAAAAACUUACUUUUUACUCAAACAAUAUUAUUGACAGUACCCAGAAUAUUGUCAGCAGCAUGACGUACGUGACUCAGGUAUUAUUAUUGACAGAUACAGAAUAUUGUCAAUAAUAUUUACGUGUGUGGGACGCCUUGUAUCCGUCCGAAAAUUGUGCUAUAAUAAAUACAUUUCUGUUAAUUUUGGUCUACACGUAUCUAAAAGAUAGUUGGCUAGUCAGAUUUGUAUUAAACUAAACUAAAUGAGGUC